CCGAUGGGUAGCAUGCUUCACCAGCUUGUUUCCUGGUUCUGGCUAAGACAGGACUGCUCUAGAAUCACGUGUUUGUUUAUAUGGUGAGUUUUCUCAGGUGUGUAGCCUUACGUGGAUUUCAUAUUAGGGCUGUGUAAUGGUUAAAGGCAACUCUGGGUUCUCAUGUCUUCUGUCUUUUCCAGGAACUCUUUGUAGGGACUCAAACUCCAUUCUUGAAGAAAAGAUAAAAGUAGAAAAGAUGGUGGCUGAUUGCUUGACAAACUGUUACCAGGUCUCAGUAACUUUUGAUGAUGUGGCUGUGGACUUCACCCAAGAAGAAUGGAUUUUAUUGGAUCAAGCUCACAGAGACCUCUACAGAGAGGUGAUGCUGGAGAACUACCAGAACCUGGCCUCAGCAGGAUGUGAAGUCAUCAAACCCAGUCUGAUCUCCUGGUUGGAAGAAGAGGAUUUGCACAGAGAAGAUCUCCAAGAAUGGGAAAUGCCACUUGGCACCAAAGAGUCAACAUUGCAUAAGGAUUUUUUGAGGGGACAGACGUCCAGUGGAAUACAAACAGGCAGAAGCCAUAGUGCACAAGAACUCUGUUACUAUAUACAGUGCGGAGAAAUUUUCAGUGAACAUUCAUAUUUCAAGACACAUGUGAAAACUCACAGUACAUGGAACACUGGACAUUUUACUCAGUCAAAUCAUGAUGCAUCUGUUCAAGUGCACACCAUAAAAACGUAUCCAUGUAAGAUUUGUGGAAAAGCCUUUGGACGGUCUUCAAAUCUUAAUAGACACCUACGAAGCCACACUGGAGAAAAACCCUAUGAAUGUAAGGAAUGUGGGAAAGCCUUCACUACCUACUCAAGGCUAGUGGAACAUUUUAGAACUCAUACUGGAGAGAAACCGUACAAAUGUAAGGAUUGUGGGAAAGCCUUUGCUAAGCGGUCAGGCCUUAUAACACAUAUAUCGACGCACGCUUCAGAGAAACCCUUUGCGUGUAAAGAGUGUGGGAAAGCCUUUGCUUCAUCCCCACGCCUUAGUCAGCAUGUAAGGAUUCACAGUGGAGAGAGACCCUAUAUAUGUAAGGAAUGUGGAAGAGCGUUCCUUACUUCCUCAUACCUGCGGAACCAUGUAGGAAGAACUCACAGUGGAGAGAGACCCUAUAUAUGUGGAGACUGUGGAAAGGACUUCCAUUCUUACUCAAAUCUCCGUAGACAUGUAAGAACUCACAGUGGAGAAAGACCCUAUAUAUGCAAGGAAUGUGGAAAAGCCUUCCUUAAUUCCUCAUACCUACAUAACCACAUAAGAAAAACGCACAGUGGAGAGAUGCCUCAUAUAUGCGGUGAAUGUGGGAAAGUCUUCCAUGCUUCCUCAUACCUGCGUAGACACUUAAGAACUCACAGUGGAGAGAGACCAUGUAUAUGUAAGGAAUGUGGCAAAGCCUUCCUCAACUCCUCAUACUUACGCAAGCAUCUAGCCAUCCAUAGUAGAGACAAACCCUAUGAGUGUAGAGAAUGUGGGAAGGCCUACCGUAGGUACAAUCUGCUACAUGAGCACUUAAAAACUCACAUGGUAGAAAAGCCAUUUGAAUGUGAUGUAUGUGGAAAAUCCUUUCAGUAUUUCUCAUACCUUACUAAACACACUCGUAUUCACACUGGAACGAAACCCUAUAAGUGUAAGUACUGUGGGAAAGAUUUCACUACUUCCUCCAGCCGAGCUGAACAUAUCCGAACUCACACUGGCGAGAGGCCCUAUGAGUGUACGGAAUGUGAUAAAACCUUCACUUCAUCCUCUAACCUCAUUCACCAUGUAAAAAUCCACACUAGAGAGAAACCUUUCGUUGAGAAGGCAGGGAAGCCUACAGUAGAGGUGACCUACUGACUGAGCACUAGUA